AUGCGUAUAUUAGAUGAUUUUACUAACUGCGAGAAUGGUGUGCGACUGGAUGGUAAAGUGGCCAUCGUUACUGGAGCUACAUCAGGUACCGGUCUAGAAACAGCUAAGAAUCUAGCAAAACGAGGAGCUAAAGUCAUAAUCGCUAGUCGCAGUCCAGCAAAGCUAUCAGAUGCGAAAAAAAAUAUCAUCAGAAGUUCUGGAAACAAAAAUGUUAUUGCUCGAACAAUGGACUUCGAGUCUCUCAAAUCAGUGCGUAAUUUUGCACAAGAAAUGUAUCUCUCUGAGCCAAGAUUAGAUAUUUUAAUCAACAACAUUGGCGCUAUCGCCUUAGAAGAUCGAUUGACGAGUGACAGUUUACAUUUGAUGAUGCAAGUAAACUAUUUCGGAGCCUUUUUAUUAACUUUUCUCUUGUACCCAUUGAUGAGAUCUUCGGCCCCGAGUAGAAUAGUAAAUGUAUCUUCUAUAGCUCUACUUCUUGGACACAUAGACUUAAAACAUAUGAAUGACGUUGGUAAAACCAACAUUGAAUAUUAUGCAAAUGCAAAACUAGCUGACAUUUUAUUUACAGUGGAAAUGCAUAAGAGGAUCGAAGGUAAUGGUGUAAACGUAUAUAGCAUGGAUCCAGGUUUGGGUAAAUCAGAGUUUUUUCGGAAUUCCAAUGAAACAUUUUGGAAGACUGUGCUAAACACGGGCCUUUUAAUUGUCGGUAGACCACUUGACAGAGUAGCAACUAUGCCUGUAUUUUUGGCAGUUGAUCCACGAGUGGAAAAGGCUAGUGGAAAACACUUUCGUGAUUGUGCGGAAUUUUACAGUUCUUGGUUUAGUAACGACAUAGUGUUGACAAAAAGACUAUGGGAAGAGUCUAAGAGAUUGGUUCAAAUAACACCCGAAGAAGACUGGGAGCAAUUAUAA